AACAACGGGAGCACUGUCUGGUCUUCCAACUCAUCAACAAUUGCUCGUAGACCGGUUGCACAGAUCUUGGAUUCAGGUAACCUUGUUGUUAAAGAUGAGACUGAUGGUAACCCUCAAAACUUCAUGUGGCAGAGCUUCGAUUAUCCUUGGGAUACAUUCCUACCAAACAUGAAGCUUGGAAAGGACUUGGUAACAGGUCUGGAUCGUUACUUAUCAUCAUGGAAGGAAACAAACGAUCCUUUUCCGGGUAAUUUUACCUAUGGAUUUGAUCUUGAUGGAUUUCCAGAGUGGGUUCUGAGAGAGGGCUCGAUAAAGAGAAUGCGUCGUGGCGCUUGGAAUGGUCUGAGGUUUAGUGGGAUAACUGGUCUCACACCAAACUCUGUUUAUGGAUUUGAAUUUGUUUUCAAUGAGAAAGAGAUAUACUUCAGCUGGAACCUUUAUAACAGCUCCACUCUUUCGAGGGCAUUGCUCCUCCCCAAUGGAAAUAUACAGAGAUUCACAUGGAUUGAUGAAGCCCAAAAUUGGGUACUUCACCUUCCACCGUAUCUAGAUACUUGUGACAGUUAUGCAUUAUGUGGUGUAAAUGGCAAUUGCAACAAUAACAAUGACAACUCCCCUGCAUGCAAUUGCUUAAAAGGAUUUGAGCCAAAAAAUAAAGAAGAAUGGAAAGUGGCGCCUGGGUUGGGUGGAUGUGUUAGAAAGACUCCGCUAAAUUGUUCGGAAAAUGGAUUUCUGAAGUAUGCUGGACUAAAGUUGCCCGACGCAAGUCAAUCCUGGUUUAACUAUAGUAUGAACCUGGAGGAGUGCAAGAACCACUGCAUGAAGAACUGCAACUGCACAGCUUAUACUAAUUUGGAUGUAAGAGGAAAAGGAAGUGGGUGUUUGAUUUGGUUCAAUGAUCUGAUUGAUAUCAGACAGGUGACUCAAAAUGAACAAGUAAUUUACAUAAGAAUGGCUGCAGCAGAACUUGUUCAAAUUGACAGUAAGAAGACAAAAGUUGAAUCCAAUAUGAAGAAAAUUAGAGUGAUAAUUGGUGUCAGCAUUGCAUUGCCUACUAUAGUUCUGGUCCUAGGAUUGGUUCUGUUUAUUUGGAGGAAGAAACACCAUGAACGAGGAUUUUUUAAAUGCGUUUGUGGAAGCAGUUCUAAUAAUGCAAAUCAGAGGGAAGAUCCAGAAGUACCAUUUUUUGACAUGGCCACAAUUGUCCAUGCAACCAAAAAUUUUUCUAUCAAGAAUAAACUUGGAGAAGGUGGUUUUGGAUCUGUCUUCAAGGGUACGCUGAAGGAUGGAAGAGAAAUAGCAGUAAAGAGGCUAUCAGAGAAUUCGAGACAAGGUCUUAGUGAGUUCAAAAAUGAAGUAGUUCAUAUUGCAAAGCUGCAGCACCGAAAUUUAGUGAAGCUUCUUGGAUGCUGCGUUGAAGGAGAUGAAAAGAUGUUGAUCUAUGAAUUCAUGCCUAACAAAAGCCUGAACUUCUUUCUUUUUGAUCAAGCUCAAAGCUUGUCACUGGAUUGGCCUAAGCGCUACAACAUCAUCAAUGGUAUUGCUCGUGGACUCCUUUAUCUCCAUCAAGAUUCAAGGCAAAGAAUAAUUCAUAGAGAUCUGAAGACAGGUAACAUAUUACUGGACAGUCAACUGAACCCAAAAAUUUCAGACUUUGGCCUUGCUAGAAGUUUUGGGGAAAAUGUCACCAAAGAAAAGACAAAGAAAGUGGUGGGAACAUAG